UCUUUUUUUUUGGCCUUUUCUCUUACUCUCAGUCCGUGCACUAUAUAUAACCCUCCUAGACACUGCUUUAUGACAUUUUUUCCUCAUUUUCUCUUUCUUUUCUUUUAGAAUCUUAAACCUCUUCUUCUUUCUUCUUCUUCUUCACACUCUCCAGUCCCUCUAUCUCUCUCUCUGUCAAAACCUGCAAAGGCUUUUGCUGCUUAAUUUGCACAUAGCCUUUGCAGGUCUUACCAAAAUUCUCUCCUUUUUCUAGUUUGUUCUUCUCUGUCUUCUUCUUUUUCUCCAUAAAUCCUAAUCUUACUGCUAAUUAACUGUUUUCCUCUGUUUUUUUUUUCCUGUGUUACUUGAGAAAGUAGAAACCGCAAUAAAUUCACUUUGUGAUCUCUCUACUAAGUCCCAAAACAUGAUAAGCCACGAGAGAAUCUUAGAUCGCGAGAUCAAGUACUCCGAGCACAAAACCACGACGAGGAAACCCAUGGCCGGGGCUCAACAGAAGCUCAUCCGGAUCAUAAUCACCGACGCCGACGCCACCGACUCAUCCAGCGACGACGAAUCUGAGCCGUCUGUACUGAGAGUAGUGAAGAGGCACAUCAAAGAGAUCAACUUCGAGAAAUCUUCUCCCGACCCAAACAAGCCGCCGAAGCAAGUUAAAGCUCUGAAAAGGCAUCUAAAAUCGCCGGAGCCCGACGCGGCUCGCCGGAAAAAGUUCCGCGGCGUUCGCCGGCGACCGUGGGGGCGGUGGGCGGCCGAAAUCCGCGACCCGAAUCGGAGAAAGCGGGUCUGGCUCGGAACCUUCGAUACGGCCGAGGAAGCCGCGACGGUCUACGACAGAGCGGCGGUGAAGCUUAAAGGAGCUAACGCCGUUACCAACUUCCCUAAAGCCGUUAUGACGGAGACGACGGCGGACGUUACCGAAACGAGCUCCGACUUAUCCGACGUGGCAGCGUCGUCGCCGACUUCGGUACUCCGUUUCGACGAGCCUACUCCGUUUGAGCCGUUUGGGUUCUUGGACUACGACGUUUUCGGGUUUGACUCUGAUAUUGACGGAACGCUGGGUUUGCUUCCCGACAUUAUGGUGUCGAGGAAGACUUUGGAGGAGGUCGAGUUCAGCGAGUUCGACUUGGUGGAUGUCGUUUUCUGAAAUUAAUACGUCCAACGACAGGACACGUUCCAACCUCUGUCAACCUGGCACGCUGUGAUUGGUUGUUACUGGGACGGAAGGUACCGGAAUUGCAUGAGUCAGCCCAUUUUAUCAGAAUAUAUACGGCGAUUUUGUUUGGUGUUUUGUUGAGAAAUCUUGUACUAUAUAUAUCAGUUUUGGGAUUAAUUGGAUAAGUGUAAUUACGUGUAAUUAAUUGUUAACGAGAAUGGGAUAGGGAGGGGAGGAGUAAUGCUAUACAGCAUCAAUGGUGAAUAUCACUAUUUAAUAAAAUAUGGGUCUUUAUAGGAUUAUUUUUUAUUAAAUAGUGGUGUUUAAUAUUGGUUGGGUGCAUUUUUCGUGGGGGAGGAUGGGUAUUUUGAGAAGGCCAUUCACCGGAGAUCACGCCUUUUGUUCAAAAGUGAAUGGGGAUGAAUAUUUUAUUUUAUCUGUAUUGUUUAAAAAAUGAAAAGAAUUAUAGUAGAACAUAACAAAAUUGUGUC